GUUGUCUAUGUUUGUUUCUGUUUCACAGCAGAUGUCUGUUGAUAUCUGCAAGAAGAAUCCAUCGUUUCUCUGGUGCGACUGUGGUUACAUGAGCAAAGGGCGGUUGUGGUGCUUUCAGACAAUCUUGUUCAAACAUUCAACUUGGAAUUGAUUCACUCAAGCCUCUCCUCUCUUCCUGUUUGCUUCUUCUUUCUUUUUUCUUAUCUGCUUCACAUUCUUACUUGUUUCUGCUACACUGCGUUAUUGUAGAGCUGAGAGUAAAUUCGAAAUUCUUGCUUCAUUGGUGAGGGUAACUUCAUAAUUUACUCCAAUGGUGAAAACUAAGUUGGCACCUGGAUUUCGGUUUCAUCCGACUGAUGUUGAACUUGUAAGAUAUUACUUGAAGAGGAAAGUUCUUGGAAAAAAGCUCCUCACUAAUGCCAUAGCUGAAAUCGACAUUUACAAGUUCGAGCCACCUGAUCUUCCUGAUAAAUCAUGCCUAAGGACAGGAGAUCUCAAGUGGUACUUCUUCUGCCCGAGGGGAAAGAAGUAUCCCAAGAGCGGUAAGGCAAAUCGUUCGACUGAAUCUGGUUACUGGAAGACCACAGGGAAAGACAGAGAUGUUACUUACAAUGAUGAGGUCGUUGGGAAAAUCAGAACUCUCAUUUUUCACUACGGGAAGACGCCUCGUGGGGAUCGGACUGACUGGGUCAUGCAUGAGUACAGACUUGAAGACGAAGCUCUGGCGCUAAAGAGUGUUCCUCAGGAUACUUAUGUGCUGUGUGUUCUCUUUAAGAAAAAUGGGCUUGGACCAAGACAUGGAUCUCAAUAUGGAGCUCCAUUUAAGGAAGAGGAUUGGAGUGAUGGCGAGGAAGAAGAAGUUACCGAGAAUCUUGUACCUCUUCCUUCUGCAGGAAACGCCGAUCCUGGUCCUAGCAGACGCCGACCACACUCGCACGCUCCUAAGGACUGUUUCGGUGGAGUGAUAUCAGAAUCUUGCGUCUCUGAUGUACCGCAACUAACUGCCACAGUACUUCCGCCUAUAACGAAUGAUGUUGUUGCUGACAUUCCCAUGUCUUCUUCUCCUCUUCUCGAGGUUCCUCAGGGACCACUGGAGGACGAUGAGUUCUAUUCGAUGCUGGACCUCUUUGUUGUUAACAAUGAAGAGUCUUUACUUUUCGAGGGAUUCAACGACCAAUAUGAGGUACGAAAUGAGCCCGAGGUUCCUGUUGUAGACGAAGCUCCGGUUUGGUUAGGAGAUGGCGAUCUCAGCGGAAUACCGGACUUGAGCGACGACCUAUUCAUAGAACUAGAGGAUCUGAUUGACCCACCCACUCCUCCCGGUGACAGCAAUGGUCAGACUUAGGACCAUUUUAGUAUUCCGUGCUGUUGUAGCAUCCUUCUUGCUUUGCUGCCAUGGAUACAGAGACCAAACAUGUGAAGCUUUGUCCAGAAUGUUCUUCUGUCGCAAUCUCUGUCUGCACUAAAGGAGAGAGAGAGAGAGAGAGAGAGAGACAAAACCAUGAAUCAGUAUCUUUAAGCCAUCAGAUGUGGAGCUAGCUUCUAUGUUGUGUUUCUGUAACCGUGUUGCCUUAACUUAUAGAUUUCAUCAUCAUUUAUGUUGCGAAAACAUUCGUUUGAACUUUUUGUAUUUCCAUGGAUUCUUAGCUUAAAUGAUAAUGCCCCUAUAAUCAUUAGUCUUUUUAGUCAAAGGCUAUAAGAUUAAAUGUCAAC